UUCACACCGAGUCGAAGACGGAGACCGGCAACUCCACUGCGUCUCCGCCCCUCCAUCCUCCUACUUAAAAUCCUCUCCAGGCGAACUCCUUGGCCAGCGGCUCUAUAAAUCACAGGAGCGGGGCCCUCGACGGCUCACGUUUUCCCCUGACCGCCUACCCCUACUCCUAUGCCCCGACGCCCCUACGCCGCUUGCCUCUCCCCCGCUGGCUGAGCAGCUGGUGCAACUGUUGGCCGCUUUGUUUUAGAGGGUUUUUGUUGCUCUUGUUGGUGAGGCAACCUCUUGAGAUGCACAAAGAAAGAUAAAUUUCACACGCAUACACAAGUGCUCUCUCUGUCUGCCGGUGUGUGAAUGUGAUCGUUUUUAUGCUGCUACAGUGGAACAUCCCUAAAUCAUAAAUUAAUACAUAAAUCACUCUGUUCUUACGUAUAAAAUACAUUAAAAGAUGUUGUAUGCAUGUUGACGUAGUCGAACUGCAGGGCAGUAUUAUAAGCGUUAAGUUGACUCCAAUGCUGGUUUUACUGUACUGAUAAAGUUGUAGUGAUAGUCAACAUUCAUUUCGAAUUAUCUUGCCAGAAACCAAUUUAUUCCAUUCCUCCGGUAUUACUGGUUAUUAUUACCCGGUAUUACGGUAUUACACCUGGUUUAACUGAGGGAAGCUCCACUGUGCUGUCUCCCCAGUCUCCACAAGUCCACAAGUCGGAGUGGCAAAGAUAAGAUAUUGGAAGCGACACGCCAGACACUCUGGCGGCGGCGGUGUCCCGCUCUCUCCGCUGAUCUCUCAGCUCGAUUCCGAAUACGAAUCCGAUUCCGAUUCUUCGCCCACUCUCUUGGGUUUUGGGCCACUCCACUCCAAGGCGAAUGGCCAGUCGUGUGUGGAACUCGGCUGCGAUCGGUUGCCUAUUGAAGUGCGCUCUGCAGAUCCGUGACCCGAGAUCCGUGCUCCUCGCUCCUCGCUUCCUGAACGUUUUCGGGCGGUUUUCCAAUCGAAACGAGCCAAAAAUCGCACACAUUAAGACGCAUUAUAUAAACAGAAGAUCCACAACACCUUAAUGCAUACGCACACACCUCUCCCACUAUAAAUAGCCCACGGAAAUCGGUAAAUAAAUAAUUCGGAGAGAGGCAAAGUAAAAGUUCUAGGAAGAAAAUCUAAUUGCGACUUUGCGAAAAAGAUGGUGAAAUAAACGAAAAACUUUGAUUAUAAUGAGAGAAUCGUUCUUGAUGCAAUAAACACGCGUACCGAACCAAUCCCUAAUCCCAAGCACAGUAACAGUUAAUUGACGAAUUCGAACUGCUAAGUGAAAUGUUGGCGAGGUGUGUUUUGUUCGUCACUUGGCUGGCGGUUUUUAUUGCGACUGGAAUAAGUGACGAUCAGUUGAUGAAGCUCCCGGCCUGCGCCGCCAAACAGGGCGAGUGCGAUGAUAACGAGGGUCCCGUCUGCGGCACCGAUGGCCAAACCUAUCCCACCAGGUGUCAUCUGCUGCGGGCGCAGUGUGGUGGCCACCAGGUGAGCCUCAAGUAUAGCGGCUCCUGCAAUGCCUGCUUGGAAGCGGUGAAAUUUGCCCGUCGUCAGCAGGAGCGAGAUCCCGAAUACUUUGUGCCCAGAUGCAGGAAGGAUGGCAACUUUGCGGCUAUGCAGUGCUACGGGAACAACGGAUGCUGGUGCAGCGAUAGUCAGGGCAGACCCAUCGAGGAUGAUAACAAGCAAUUUCGGCGGAAGGGCAAACUGCGUUGCAGGGCCAAUCGACGUGACCGACGCCGCCUGGCAUCGCAUCAGAUUGGCUAUAAUCCGGAUACCUCUGCGUCCAAAGGCAGUUCGGAGACAGGUUCUUCAGCCCACCGGACCUGCAGCAAGUCCGAUCGGUCGCUGUUCAACGCCAAUCUGAUGAGGAUGUUCCGGAACGAGGCUCAGAGCUUUUUCCGCCAGCCAUCUCUCACAGAGUCUCACAUUCUGGAGUGGCAGUUCUCCAAGCUGGACACGAAUGGUAACAAGGUGCUCGAUCGCCAAGAGAUUAAGGAGCUGAAGAAGGUCCUUAGGCGGAACGUUAAACCUCGCCGAUGUGGACGUACCUUUGGCAAAUACUGUGAUGUCAUUAAGGAUUCCAACCUCAAUUGGUUGGAAUGGAGCGUCUGCUUCACCAAGGAGUUUCACAACCUGCUCAACUCGAAGCCAGAGACGGCGAGCCAGGACUUGGAGAAUGACUCCAACUGCUGGAUGGAUCAGUCGGUCACGCUGGAGGAGCAAGGCCACGGCGGAAAAAACGUUCUAUUUGUGCCGCAGUGCCUCCCGGAUGGUCGCUAUCAGCGCAUUCAGUGCUACUCCUCCACGUCCACUUCGUACUGCUGGUGCGUUAACGAGGACACGGGAAAGAGUAUCCCGGGCACAUCGGUGAAGAACAAGCGGCCUCAGUGCGACGAAAGUGUGGCCGUGCGACCCAUGAAGGGAUGCACCGAGCCGCGCAAGACGCAGUUCCUCAAGGAGCUGAAGGCCUACCUCAACACCUCGCUUUUGCCCAGCAGCACCACCGGUACGAACUCUACCAUGUGGAAGACAGACGAUGAGCGAAUCGCCACGCUGAGCUUUGUUUAUCUGGACAAGAACAAGAAUAAGUCGUGGGAUCGCCGAGAGUGGAAGAACUUUCGCGAUCUGGUUACCAGUGCCAGCAACCUGCGCAGAUGUGGCAAGAAGAUGCCGCGCUACUGCGACGUCAAUGGAGACAAAAAGAUCUCUCUGGCCGAAUGGCUGAACUGUCUGCAAGCAACUCCGCGGGAAACUGCCACCACGGCCAAGCCGGCACAGUCAAAUGAGACCGCCAGUCCAAAAUUUCAAGGUGUGAAUCCGGUGGAGCGAUAUCUGAAAGACUAAUCGGGAAAAACGUUUCUAUAGCCGUGCUGCAGCUUCUACAACUAAUUAUAUGUCGUCGUGCCAUGACACUCACAAACCCACACGAGAGCACAUCCUACACAACACCAUCCACAAUUGGGUGGGUCGAUUUUUUGGAGUAAUCCUAGAAAUAUACACUUGCUUAGAUUUUUUUUUUUUAAGAAAUAUAAUUUCUAUCUUUGAAGUUUUGAUGAUCUACUAGGAUUCUAAAAUAUGAUCAGUUUACAAUAUUUGUUAACUAUUAAAAAUGUUUUGAAAUUCUUAAUUUAUUUAUGUUUAAAGUAGUAACAAUACUGGUGUUUCUAAUACAUUUUUAAAUGUGGCAGAACGGUACAGAAUCAGUGAAGAAUUGUCAUGUUUGCAAAUAAUUAUUCGUCUUCUUUAUAAGCUCAGAUUUGGCUGUCCAUGAAAUCGAUCCACCCUGACCCUUACCUACACGCAGACACAUUCCUAGCAUUAGAUUCUAUAAUUUACAUGUGUAUGUUACUAAUUAUUAGUGUUGUAAAUAUUAUCGAACAUAAAUGUUUAAGCUUA